CUACGGAGGACCAUGACACACGUGACGGUCAAGCAGACGACGGGCGCGGCCCACGACGUCGCGAUCGACGUGGUGACGGCGACCGUGCUCGAUCUCAAGCUCAAGGUGCAGGAACUCCUGCACUGCCCGCCGGAGGCCCAGCGCCUCAUCUUCCAAGGCCGCGUCCUCGACGAGAAGGCGACGCUCGCCUCGUAUGCGCUCACGGACGGCCUCACGGUGCACUUGGUCAUUAACGCCAAGCUCAUGCCCGCGGCGACACCGACGCCGGCGCCCACUGCGACAACCGCUGCGGCAAGCUCCACGCAAGUCUCGCUGGUGUCGCUUUUGCCGCUAUUGAAGCAGACGACCGCUGGCGUUGCGGCGCUCGCCACGCUCAAGAAGAUGGCCGAGAACAUCGUCAACCAUCCGACCGAAGAAAAGUACCGAAAGAUUCGCCUGAGCAACGAAGCCUUGAAGAAGAAAGUGCUGGACGUACCCCAUGGCCUCGCCUGUGUCCAUGCGAUGGGCUUUGCCGCCGGCGUUGAAGAGGGCUUUCUCGUGCUCGUGCCGACGGCUACCAACUGGGAGCAUCUCGUCGCCUCCAAGCGCCUUCUCGACCAAGCCAGUGCACCCGCCGCCGCGCCAGCUUUCGCACCGUCGGCGGCCCCAGCCUUCGCGCCGUCGGCAGUCCCCGGUGGCUUGGGCAGUGACCCGCUGCAGGGCAUGCAAGCGAUGUUGCAAAACCCGAUGCUCGCGUCCAUGCUUCAGAACGACCCGCGGAUCCAGCAAAUGGCGCAGGGCAAUCCCAUGUUGCAGCAGGCGCUCGCGAAUCCCGCGAUGCUGCAGCAAGCUCUCGGCGCGGUCCAGAACAACCCGAUGAUGCGGCAGCAAAUGCAGCAGAUGAUGGCGAACCCGCAGCUCAUGGAGCAGAUGAUGCAAGGUGGCGCCUUCCCCGCAAGUCCUUAUGGUAUGGGCUACGGCCAACCGCCGGCCGCCGCGUCGCCGUUUGGUGCCCCCGUGUCGCUCUCAACGCCUCCGACAACGGCACCGCCGGCUUCAACCGCCGUCGCGCCCGUAGCACCGCCCGCCCGCUCGGAGGAGGACGAAAUCGCCGAAGCCAUUGCACGGUCGCUGCGAGAGAUGUAGUCGUCGCACUCGUCGAGUAAGCUCCGAAUUCUGUUUCAUGCGACGUGGGAUUCUUCCGUGCGCCGGCAUCAAGCACAGCAUGCGCUCCGAGCGCCUCCGGGUCGGGUCAGAACGUUCAGAUGUCAUGUUUGAAUGCAAGAAGCCAGCAUCGCUGACCAGUUGCGUGCUUUGACGUCACUUGCAGCGCGAACCCAUGUCGACUGCCGAUCCAUCGCCAUAGAACGCCCGUGUCUUCGCGCGUUACUACCGUUGCACUGCGGGUGACGCCCGCGUCGCUGCCGCCGCCGCCGCCGCAAGGACCUCGGGUCAUAGAAGCCCUACUGCGCAGGCGCA